CAACGAUCGCCAUGACGACCAGUCUCCAGCAACAACAAACGCACACGUGAAGCAGUAAUGGCGACCGCCACCGAUGAGCGAGCAGCAGCGGAUGUUUUAAAAUCUCUCGCCCGCCAUUUAAAUUGUCUAAACGACGACAACAAAAGCGCGAGGAGACGAGCUCUAGAAGCGGUGAAAAGAGAAACCGUCGAGCAAAGCUUGUCCAGCGGCGCGCUGCAGGAGCUCUUCGCCGGUUUGCUGAAGGCGUUGCUGAAAUGUCUUUCAGAUCCUACGGAGAUGUGCAGAGACACGGCGAUCCAGAUCCUCACGGGCUUCAUAAGAGCUGUCCCCAGACCAGAAGACGCUCUGCCCUACCUGAUUCCCGCGCUGGUGCAGAGGCUCGGGGGACAGGAGAUCCUGGAGCCGGCGGAGGAGCUCAGGCUGGCCCUGAUGGAGAUGCUGUCUCUGCUGCUGGAGGUGUGCGGCAGACAGCUGGCCCCCUACCUGGAUGACAUGAUCAAGAUCCUGCAGAGGACCAUCACAGAUCCCUUUCCUGAAGUCAAGAAAGAGAGCUGUAAAUGUGCCAUCAGUGCUGCACAGAGCAUUCCUGAUCAUUUCCACCUGCAGGCUGAGAGUCUCCUGAAGCCGCUGCUGCAGACGAUCUCUCACCAGCACUCCCAGGUGAGAGUUUGUGUCACACAGGCCAUCGGCGCAGUCAUUCAGCACAGCACAGGCAAGAACCUAGAUGACGUUUUGUCCCACAUGGCUCAGAGACUGUUUGACGACUCUCCACGGGUGAGGAAAGCAGUUACUAUAGUCGUGGGUGAUUGGCUUCUCCGUCUGCCGGACCGAUAUUCCUACUUCCACAAGCUCAUCCCACUUCUCCUGAGCAGCCUCAGCGAUGAGAUCCCUGAGAUCAGGUCUCUUGCUGAGGACUUAUGGAGACAAGUAGGAUCUCAAUGGGAGAAGGAAAAUGAGGAUGACCUGAAGGAUAAGAUGGACUUCCUGUUGCCUGCUCCUGUCCUCUACACAUCUGGAGUCGAGCGUCCCGGGCUGGGCUGCAGGGAGCUGGUGGUGAGGAAUCUGUCGAAGCUGCUUCCUGCUGUGGGCCGGGACAUGGGUGACUGGUUAGUGCAGACGCGAGUGAAGACGGCCCAGCUGCUGCGGGUGCUGCUGCUGCAUGCUGAAGAUCACUGCACACAACACCUGCAGUCACUGCUCACGCUUCUGUACCGCGCCUGCGCAGACCCCGAGACUGACGUCAGAGCGCAGUGUUUGGAGUCAGCAAAGCUGUUGGGAGUGUUUGUCAGUCCAGAGGUUUACCUCAAGUUGCUCCUGCCUCACGUUGAAGACUCCUCUUCCUGCUCGUCUGCUUCUCCCUGGGCUCCUCUCAUGGUUCUGGGGGCUGUUUUAAGAGGGAGCUCAAGGGAGGCGUUAGAACCCCACCUGAUAACAAUUGGAGGCACACUUUCACACCCUGAAGUCUGUCAGGGGUCCCAACAGGCGCAGUAUCUGGAUCAGUUGUUGGUGUGUGUGGACGCUGUGCUGUGUGUGUGUCAGGUGGACUGUGCUGUCAUCAGUCUGCAGCUGCUGAAGGUCCUGGUGUCUGUUCAGAGCCUCACCUCACAGCAGGAGCAAUGCAGCAAGGCAGAGGAGUCAGUGCGGUGUUUGUGUGAGGCACAGGGUCUCGGUGGAGCGUGUGAGUUGUACCGGCAGCACAUGGCAGAUCUGCUGCAGUGGCUGUCUGACUCCCAUCACACCUGGACCAGUUACUCCAUUCAGAAAACACAGCUGGAGAUCAUCGCCGUGCAGUCCGGUCCAGUGGUGGGAGAGUUUCUUCCAGCUCUCUUGCCUCUGUUGAAGAGUUGCCUUGAACCGAGUCGAGACCCUGAGAUGAGACUUCACAUCUUCACCAUGCUGUCCAAACUACUGCUGGACUCCCGCAACACUCUGGACUCACAGGGGAGGUUUUCUGAAUACAUGGAGCUGGUCCUCCAGGAUUUGCUGCUGCCUAAUCUGGUGUGGCGUUCGGGACAAUCUGCCGCGGCUGUCAGGACGGCUGUUCUCAGCUGCCUGUUAGCUGUCCUGCAUGGGGCGGCUUUCCCAGCAGAGCAAAUUCUGUCGGUGGAGGAGUCUCUCAGCACUCAGCUGAUCUCUGCGCUGGAGGAAGACUCGAAACUGGCUCGUCUUCUGGCCUGCAGAUCUCUUCACGGACUGCUGAAACUCACAACACAGCGGCUCAACACCGACUCACUCAACAAGAUCUAUCCAGAGCUGCUGAAGCGUGUGGACGACAGCAGUGAAGACGUCCGUGUCGAAGCGCUCAAGUCUCUGAGCACGUGGUUUUCAUCUCUGGGGAGAAACUAUGACACGCAGUCGUGCCGCCCUCACCUGGAGUUCCUGUUCCAGCAGCUGCUGCUCUACAUGGACGACCCCGACACCAAAAUCCAGGAUUCAGUCCUCGAGGUUCUGAAGGUGGGCAGUGAGGUGGACGGAGGACUCUUACAACAGCAGACGGAGGCGGUGAGAGAGAAACAGCGCAGCCCUGAGUACUGUGAUCAACUCCUCCAGCACAUUCACUCGCUGUCAGAAAUACACAAACAGACACGGCUGUGAAAGAACUUCAACUGGCUACGGUUUCUUUACUGUGUUCAUGCAGAUGUGAAUGGAUAAUGCCACUUUUUUGCCUCAGUUUCCCUUAUCAUUAGUGAAGAUUUAUUACAUUAAAUAAGUAAUGGUGUCAAACGAUUAAUCGCAGUUAAUCGCCUUCACAAAAGUUCUUGUUUACAUUUAUAUUUGUAUACACACACAUACAGUAUAUAUUUCUAAAAUAUUUGCGUUAUUUAUAUAUACAUAUUCUUAUUUUAUAUUAUAUUUAAAUUUAUUUAAUAUAUAAACAUUUUUGUUGUUUAAACUUAUAUAAACUAUAUAUAUAUAUAUAUAUAUAUAUAUAUAUAUAUAUAU